UUAACUGAUCAAACACACUCAACUUCACUUCUACUAAUACCAGUCCAGUCCCUACUACAUGGGGCUAAUUAUCAAAAAUCAAACACAGCCUUGCAAACUGGCAAGCAAAUUACUGUUUUGUAUGUACACAAAAUCACACAAAAUGCUCCAUUCCUCAUCUUCUUGCCCGUACCUGUUCCUUUUCUUUACACUCGAAUACAGUUGGAAUCGCAAAGGAAAAGCAAGAUAUUCCCCCCCUUUUUUGGACAAAACAACAAGAACGGAAAUUUGAAGGCAAUCAGACACACUUACAGAAACAAAGUCGGAUCUUACUUUGUAACAAAAACACACAUGCUACU